AUCCAGAGUUCUGAGAUGAGUGCAGGAGAGAUGAUGAGCUGACUCAGAAGAUCAGGAAAACUAUACUUCAGGGAAUACAAUGAUGGUUACAAAAGGCAUCUGGUAUUGUCCUUCUGCUACUGUCUUAAAAGGGAUUCUAGAGGGAUUUUCUUUCCCUUGUUCCUCCAGCCGUACACUUGCAUUACUGGCCUAAGGGGAUACUCACCAGCUGGCCGUGUCUAUCAUUACAGCCAAGUCUGAGAAUUCCUGAUUAUACUUAGAGCCAGCGGAGCUGCUGACACAAACAGUCAUUAGCAGACGACCCUUUUGGAACAAACUAUGCUUUAAAAUGUAAACGGUGGAGGCAUUUUCCUUGCGUUGUCCAGAAAGAACUUUCUGCUGCCUGAGCCUGGAUUAAUCAUGAGAGAGUUCGUCAACAUUCCACUGGUACAUAUUCUUACUUUGGUUGCCUUCAGCGGGACUGAGAAACUUCCAAAAGCCCCUGUCAUCACCACUCCUCUUGAAACAGUGGAUGCCUUAGUUGAAGAAGUUGCUACUUUCAUGUGUGCGGUGGAAUCCUACCCCCAGCCUGAAAUUUCCUGGACCAGAAAUAAAAUUCUCAUUAAGCUCUUUGAUACCCGGUACAGCAUUCGGGAGAAUGGUCAGCUCCUCACCAUCCUGAGCGUGGAAGACAGUGACGAUGGCAUUUACUGCUGCAUUGCCAACAAUGGUGUGGGAGGAGCUGCUGAGAGCUGUGGAGCUCUACAAGUGAAGAUGAAACCUAAAAUAACUCGUCCUCCCAUAAAUGUAAAAAUAACAGAAGGAUUAAAGGCAGUUCUACCAUGUGCUACAAUGGGCAACCCCAAACCCUCAGUGUCAUGGGUCAAGGGGCACAGUGCUCUCAGGGAAAAUUCCCGGACUGCGGUUCUUGAAUCUGGGAGCUUAAGGAUUCAUAAUGUACAAAAGGAAGAUGCAGGACAUUAUCGAUGUGUGGCAAAAAACAGCCUUGGGACGGCAUAUUCCAAACUGGUGAAGCUGGAAGUGGAGGCUCUUAAUAUGACAAAUGCCACAGAGAGAGAAGAGAGUGAACCUGAGCAAGAUACUAAAGUUUUUGCCAGAAUCCUGCGGGCUCCUGAAUCCCACAAUGUCACCUUUGGCUCCUUUGUGACCCUGCGCUGUACAGCCACAGGCAUCCCUGUGCCUACCAUCACCUGGAUUGAAAAUGGAAAUUCUGUUUCUUCUGGGUCUAUUCAAGAAAGUGUGAAAGACCGAGUAAUUGACUCAAGACUGCAGCUGUUUAUCACCAAGCCAGGACUUUACACAUGCAUAGCUACUAAUAAGCAUGGAGAGAAAUUCAGUACUGCCAAGGCUGCAGCCACCCUAAGUAUAGCAGAAUGGAGCAAGCCACAGAAAGAUAACAAAGGCUACUGCAGCCAGUACAGAGGGGAGGUGUGCAAUGCUGUCCUGGCACAAGACGCUCUUGUUUUCUUCAACAACUCCUACGCAGACCCUGAGGAGGCCCAAGAACUACUGGUUCAUGCUGCCUGGAAUGAACUGAAAGCAGUGAGCCCAUUCUGCCGGCCAGCUGCUGAAGCUUUGCUGUGUAACCACAUCUUCCAAGAAUGCAACCCUGGGGUGGUACCUACUCCUAUGCCCAUUUGCAGAGAAUACUGCUUGGCAGUAAAGGAGCUCUUCUGUGCAAAAGAAUGGCUGGUGGUGGAAGAAAAGACCCACAGGGAACUCUACAGAUCUGGGAUGCUUCUGUUCUCCAUGCCAGACUGCAACAAACUCCCCAGCAUGCACUGGGACCCCAUGGCCUGUACCAGACUGCCAUACUUAGAUUAUAAAAAAGAAAACCUAUCAACAUUCCCGCCAAUGACGUCCUCAAAGCCGAGUGUGGACAUUCCAAAUGCGCCUUCCUCCUCCUCGCCCUCCUUCUCUGUCUCACCUACGUACUCUAUGACCGUAAUCAUCUCCAUCAUGUCUAGCUUUGCCAUAUUUGUGCUUCUUACCAUAACUACUCUUUAUUGCUGCCGAAGACGAAAACAAUGGAAAAAUAAGAAAAGAGAAUCGGCAGCAGUAACCCUCACCACUCUUCCUUCUGAGCUCUUGCUAGACAGACUUCACCCCAACCCCAUGUACCAGAGGAUGCCACUCCUUUUGAAUCCCAAGUUGCUCAGUCUGGAGUAUCCCAGGAAUAACAUUGAAUAUGUGAGAGAUAUCGGAGAGGGAGCAUUUGGAAGGGUCUUUCAAGCAAGGGCCCCAGGCUUACUUCCCUAUGAACCUUUCACAAUGGUGGCAGUGAAGAUGCUCAAAGAAGAAGCCUCAGCAGAUAUGCAAGCAGACUUUCAGAGGGAGGCAGCCCUCAUGGCAGAAUUUGAUCAUCCUAAUAUUGUGAAACUCUUAGGAGUGUGUGCAGUGGGGAAGCCCAUGUGCUUACUCUUUGAAUACAUGGCCUACGGAGACCUCAAUGAGUUCCUCCGCAGCAUGGCCCCGCACCCCGGGCGCGGCCUCAGUCCCAGCGACCUGUCCCCCGGCUCACAGGCCUCCAGCCCCGGGCCCCCGCCCCUCUCCUGCGCGGAGCAGCUGUGCAUUGCCAGGCAGGUGGCCGCGGGCAUGGCCUACCUCUCCGAGCGCAAGUUCGUCCACCGCGAUUUGGCCACUAGGAACUGCCUGGUGGGUGAGAACAUGGUGGUGAAAAUCGCCGACUUUGGCCUCUCUAGAAACAUCUACUCGGCGGACUACUACAAAGCCAAUGAAAAUGACGCCAUCCCCAUCCGCUGGAUGCCCCCCGAGUCCAUCUUCUACAACCGCUACACCACGGAGUCUGACGUGUGGGCCUACGGGGUGGUCCUCUGGGAGAUCUUCUCCUACGGCCUGCAGCCCUACUACGGGAUGGCCCACGAGGAGGUCAUCUACUACGUGCGGGAUGGCAACAUCCUCUCCUGCCCCGAGAACUGCCCCCUGGAACUGUACAAUCUCAUGCGUCUGUGUUGGAGCAAGGUGCCUGCAGAUAGACCCAGUUUCAGCAGCAUCCACCGAAUCCUGGAACGCAUGUGUGAGCGGGCGGAGGGCAGUGGGGGUGUCUGAGGUCCAAGAUGGGCAAAGAGAAAUCUCCAGUCUCUUCUCAGACUCUGGGAGCCAGAGGAGUGCAACGCCCGAGCCCCCAGGAGACCCAGAUAGCAAAGAGUAGCAGACAAGGGUACCAUGCUGCUUGUUUUUCAGAAAGAAAAAAAAAAAAAAAGACUGGGCAGAACUCCUGGAGUGGGUGGAAAUUGGGUGAAGGGAAAGGCAGGUGAGAAAACGUGUCAAAUAACCGGAGGUAACUACUGUUCCUCACGGGGAAAGUUUGUAUUACAUAUUGUACCGGAAAGAAUGCCAUCCUGUUCAGUUCCUGAAUUAGCUGGCAGCAGAAUAAGGCUCUGCUGUAUUAAAAAUUAAUAUGAACUGCAGUUGAGAGCUUCAUUUUUAAUAGAGUUCAUUCCUGUCCAUUAGGAAAGUAGUGUAUUUUCCUGUAAGAAAUUUAGCUCAAGCACAGAAAACUCCGAAGAAGGAAAAACCAUUCAUUGUCUCCUCACCCAAAGAUGGGUGUUGGUUUUUUAUUCAAUUUCUUUCUUGAGUUUAAUGCACACUUUUAUAUUUGUUUGUAUUCGACAGAGUUGUGGUUUACUUUAUUGAUAGAGAGUUUCCAAGGAAUAAAGUGAUAAUCAGCAAGAUUAUAUUUUUAUUGUGAAUUUUAGUUCUCUUUUUCUUUGUUUCUUUAGAAGCUUUCCUUUGUGCACACGUGUCAUGAAUUUAAUCUGCUUGCUUUAUUCUUACGGUUUUUUUUUUUUUUUUCUGAAAAUGUCUUUGUGUCUAUUUACCUUUUCUUUUUGAAAAUUUUAUUGGUACCUUUUUCUUUGUCUCAUCUUUCUUUAUUUAGGACUUGGUUCCUUUUUGGUUAUUUGGCUGUUUUUUCCUUUUGUUUCACCUAUACAACAAACACCUUGGCAGAAAUAAUAACUUUCUAAGUAACAUUAUGGACUGUUACAUAUAUGCCUUUUCCAAAGUAUAUUACUAUUACUAUUUUCUUCUGUACCUGCUUUUGAAAUUACCCAUUUCAAAGUUGUCAUUCAUUAAUUUUAUUGCCACAGAGUAUUCCACAGUUUAUAACAUGGGAAUUCACAAGAUGCUCAUGUGACUGAGUUAUUUCCAACUGAUUUUGUUCAUUCUGACAUUUUUUUCCCUUCUAGAAACCAAUUUGAUAGGUAGCAGGAUUAAUAUAGUGCUAUUCACCAACUUUCUGCAUGACUUGUUCGCUUGUCUUGUUACAUCUUAUGAUUCUUAAAAAGAAAAAAGCAAGACAAAACAAAACCCUCUGAAACUCAGAUUCUUGGUGCACAAGAUUUCCCAAUGGAGUCCAGAAAAUAUAUCUUUAUCUGAGGCCAACAUGGAUAUGAGUUUCUUCCUGAUAUUAUAUAACACAGAGUCUCCUGAAAAGCAAAGAAAUGGGAAAGAGAAAAUAGCAGGCUACUCUGUGGCCAGUUGACUUUGAUUCAACCUAAUUGGUAGUAAGGACAGUGGAGAAAUGGUCUGAAUUCUUGAAAGUAGAUUUUCCUGCUGUCCUCUGGAGGGCUCUACCUGAUAUCUCCAAUUGCACCUGCAAACAACAACUUUGUUAUCUUUUCUAGAAAAUCUGCAAUGCCUUGUUCAUAGUCACUGCAGGCCACCGAGACAAAAACAGUUUCCCUCUCUUUCACCAGUGAAAACCCUACCAGUUUUACUUUCUAAAGCCCUCCUGCACACACCACCUCCCCUUCGAAGCGACCACCCACUGUUCAAACCCUAUUGUUGUCUCUUCUCUCAUCUUUCUCCCAUUUCAGGCCAGAUAAGAUUCCAUGGGCUAUGACAAAACAAAAUGACUCGCAAUUCUGAUUUACAAAUAAGGAAGCCAGGAGUUAGGACUGAGACCUUGAGAGGUGCCUUAGAUUCAAAUUGUGCUUUGAGACAGUCAUCCAAAGAGCUGAUGAGGAAUGAGGUUGCAAUAUGAGUCUAAGACAGAAGGCCAAGAGGCCAGCAAAGCAGAAAACUUGGGGUGAGCCACCAUCAAGUCUGGAACUUUCCUGUAGACAUCUAUGGCGUGACACGUGUGUCAUAUAGGCUCUGAAAACUUCAAAGACAUCUUUUUCCUCAGCUGACAGAGUUUUAUUAUAAAAGAAAAGCCAUGAAGUCAGGCCAAUCAGAAAAGCUACUCUAUUGAAAAGCAGGGGGACUUCCCUGAUGGUCCAGUGGCUAAGACUCUGAGCUCCCAAUGCAGAGGCCCCAGGUUCCAUCCUUGGUCAGGAAACUAGAUCCCACAUGCCACAACUAAAAGUCCCACUUGCUGUAGCUGAGACAUGGCACAGCCAAAUGAAAUAAAUGAAAAUAAAUUUAAAACAAAGAAAAGGAAAGCAGAGUCAGGAUAGUGAGAGUUGCCAUGGGGCUGGUGCAGCCGAGAUUGUGCUGCCCUUCAGAGCCAGGUUUCCACCGGCUUGUUCCAUUGUCUGCCACUUUGAGCUUGCUUUGCUUCCCUUCCCACUGCAGGGUAACUGCCCUUACUUUCCUGGCUCUUCCUCACGCCUUCUACAGCCUCACAGAUUCUCUGUCUGUGUGCCCUUUAGGUGCUAGUGUUCAAGAUCUCAAAGCAAAAAUAAUCAUAGAUAUAUCGGUAAAUAUAGUGAAUGAAUAAGUGGACAAGCAAGUAACUAUAAUAGAACCCAUCCAAUUUUAUUAAAUAUUUAAAGGAACUGAAAACUAAAAUAGCAACUAGAAUCCUCAUGACAAUAAUUUUAGUAAUACUAUCAGCUAGCAUUUCUUGAAUACUUACCACAUAUAUUCUAAGGCCUCUAAAUAUAUGUAUUUAUUUCAAUUAAAGUAAAUGUAUUAACUUAAAACACAACAUCCCUGUGAUGUUGUAGCAUCAUUAUGCCCUUUUUUAGGUGAGGACACGGGCACAGAGAGGUUGUGUAACUGGCCUAAGCACACAGAGCAGCAGAGCCUAGGUUGUGACAAGAGGCUGAAUUCUCAGUCACCAUACCAAGGUGCUUCUAAUGAUUCCAGAGGAAACAACUGAAACUUGAUGACUCUGUGGAGAUGAUUUAUAAUUUGCAUCUGGUUUCAAAGCAUACAGUAUAUCCCUCUACCACCAAUUUUCUAUCCCAUUCUUUUCACUGAAUAACAAAAUGUAUAUUUUAGCAUUGUUGCUUUUAUAAAAAAAAAUCCAAAUGAUGAAAUGUGUAUAUUUUGUGAGCUCUAAAUGCAUUUUUAGGCUAUGUCAGGAUCACUGUCUUAUUUCCUUGGUGCUCGUCCCAAGGUUCUGUAUCUCAGGGACAAGGGCCCAGUAUUUACCAGUAUUGUUUUCUUUUGUAAAUACAGAUUUCUUUUUCCAUUGUAAAAUCAGUGUAUAAAUUGAAAAAGAGAGAGAUCAGGAGAGACAUUUACAGGGCUGUUGUCACCAAUGGACAGGACCGGCAGCAGUAAAGCACCCGCAAGUGAUAUUAAGUGGCAGAAUAUUAAAUGUGAUGAGUUCCAGGGACUGUGCAUAGUGCCAAAAGAAUGCAUUUGCUGGUAUCACAAUUGAGCAGGAAAGGGGCCCUCCUUCCAGUCUGCAGGAUAUUAUAAACCUGUUCUAUGUCAUUCGGUGUAUUUCUAAGAGUACAAUUUAAUUUCCGAAUAAUAUUCCUUUCUUUGGAUGUACCAUAAUUUAGCUAUUUUCCUAUUUUUAAAACAUUUGGGUUUUUGAACUGAAAACAUUUCAGUUUUUUCCAGUUUUCACUAUUACAAACAAUACUGCAUUGGUCAUCUUCAUUUGGACAUGCCCUAAUUAUUUCCUUAUAGAAAUUCUGAGAAAGAGAAUAUCCAAGCCAAAUGGCAUGCACAAAAUUAAGGCUUUUGUUACGUGUUGUCAUAUCCUCUAGAAACACUGUUCCCAUCUCUGCAUUGUACAGGGGAUGUCAUAGCCCUAAACAUAUGCUGUCAUACACAGAGAAUUAAUUCUCUGUUUUUUAGAAGGCUUUUGUCUACUUGAUUAUAAAUAAAGAUGAUCUCAUUUUUAUUUUUAAAUUACUUAUGAGAUUGCACUUUCCUUGUUUCUAGGUCAUUUUAUAGUUCUUCUUUUGGGAAUCAUCUAUAAGUCAUUUUUCUAUGACAUAGUUCAUUUUCUGAUUGAUUUGUAAGUCAUUUUAUUUAAUAAAUAGUAAACCUUUGUUAUACUUUGCACAAAACAGAAAAAUAUGUAUAUAACUUUUAUUUUAAAAUAGCAUUUGCUUCAUUAUUGAAAAAGCAUAUUUGUUUAUUUUUUUGAAAAAAAAAUCAAUAAUAUACAAAUAAAGAAAAUGAAAAAUCACCACUAGUGGUAACUAACAUUAACUCAUGAUGAAUAUAGUUCCAGUCUUUUUCAUGUAGGUAAGAAGGUAGAUGAGUAGAUGAGAGAGAUAUAGACUGACAGAUAACCAUUUUAAAUUAAAACAAGAUCAGUCUGUUCUAUUGGUUAAAGCUUUGUUUUUAUCAGAGUGUAUCAAACAUCUUCAACAUCAACAAAUAGUCAUGUGUAACAUGAUGUUCUGUUAUAUGAAGUUACAACUUACUUAACUAUUAUUCCAAGGUUGGACAUUUGGUUUGUUUCUGUUUUUCAUUAUAAAAUACAGUAUUUUUAUAAUCCUAUAGUUAAAUUUUGUGAGCAUCCAGCUCAAGUGAUUUCUUUAUAUAUAACUCCUACAAAUAGAAUUUCUAGAUCAAAGGAUAUACUUU